AUGCCGAAGCGAAAAGCGAAGAAGAUUGUCAAACGCACUGAAGAACAAAAGACGGACGACGAGAGCGACAAAGGAAUUCAAGGAGAAGAGAAGAAAGAGGACUUCGUCGACGAAGAAGCUGAAAGACAGCAAGCUGCAAUUAGAGCAAUCCGUGAUGUUGAGAUUGAGCACACUUUGACUGCACUGAGCUUACUCGAGUCAUAUUUUGCUGAGGAACAGAUGCAGACUCCCGUGUUACAGUUCUUUAAAGAGAAACUCCCGAAUUUAUCUCUACUCAGAAACGAAGAAAGUGGGGAGAUUGAGCUGAAGUGGACUGACGAAAAUGGUGAUUCGUUCAUGGGCAAUGCAAAUGGGGUUGACUUGAAUUAUUCCAUUCUGAAGCGCUUGUCGAUGGGUUUUCCAGAUUUUUACAGUAGGCCAUCUCUUGGUGGUGGCUACGAUUUACCUGGCAACGUGAGAGCAAACAUGUUAGGAACUGAUAACCCACACCUCGAGAAUCUUGUGUUACAGGGGACAUCUGAGAGACAAGUGCUUGCAGGCCAUGAUGCUUUUCAGACUCCUGGGGUAAAUGGACAAAGACUCUCUUUUGGAAUGACACCAAAGACUCGGAGGCUACCAAAACCUGGAGAGAUGAUGCUCUCUGUGCAUGGCUCUCCUUUGGGGGUCUUUAACGAAGAUCAAAACAUGGAAGCUAUAAAGGAGUAA